CAUGCUGCGGCGGGCGGCGGCGGCGGUGGGGGUCCCGCUGCUGCGGGCGGCCCCCGGUGGCCCAGGCAGAGCCGGGCUGAGCCGCGGCAGGCCCUGGGCCGAGCGGCGGGAGGAGGAAGAUGAGGAGGAGGAGGCGGAGGCGGAGGGGGGCUUCCCGCUGUACCCCGGGCACAUCCCCACCAGCCCGCUGCAGAAGGCGCUGCUGGCUGCCGGCUCGGCGCUGGCGGCCCUCCGGGACCCCUACAGGCACGACAUGGUGGCAGUCCUCGGGGAGACCACGGGCUGCCUGGCCCUGCCGAACCUGCGAGACAAGAUGAAACACCAUCCUGAAGGUUACCGCAUCCUCCAGGAGCGGCCUCGCAUCCGCCUCUCCACCCUGGACAUGGACCGGCUGCGGGGGCUGCCGGAUGGCACGCUGGGCCGCGAAUACAUCCGGUUUUUGGAGGAUAACAAGGUUUCUCCGGACACCCGCAUGCCAGCCAAGUUUGUUGAUGACGAAGAGCUGGCGUAUGUGAUCCAGCGGUACCGGGAGGUUCACGACCUGAUGCACACCCUCCUGGGCAUGCCCACCAACAUGCUGGGCGAGGUCGUGGUGAAAUGGUUCGAAGCCAUCCAGACAGGGCUGCCAAUGUGCAUCCUGGGAGCAGCGUUCGGCCCCGUCCGUCUCAACGCACGAAAACUGCAGGUCCUGGCUACGGAGCUGCUUCCCUGGGCAAUUCGGAGCGGGCGCAAUGCCAGCUGUAUCCUGAACGUCUAUUACGAGCAGCGCUGGGAGCAGAGCGUGGAGUCCCUGCGGGAGGAAAUUGGCAUCCUCCCACCCCCAGCUGUUCAAGUGUGAGAGUUCAAGCUACAGGGAGGGGACGGGGGAUCCCCUGUUGGCAGACAGCAACCACUCCCCUGCAGCACUCCAUCUCCUCCUGCCAUGCGAGCCCCGUGUGGCUCUGCCACCAGCUGCCCCUGUCCCAGGGCUGAGUUUUCUCCUGUCAAGAGCUGGCGCUCUCCUGUUGGUAGAGGCCACGCUGCAUCUCCCCCGGCCGUGACAAAACCUGACCCUUUGUGCUGUUUGUAAUUUGGUGGAGAGAUGGCAAGCCCUGCUGUGCUUUUGCCAGCUGAGUUUGGCUGCUCAGGUCCUGCUGGAAGCAGCACUCUGGAACUGAUGCUCUGAAAUGCUGGGAUGGGAAGGGAGCAGAGCUGGCGCAGAGCAAACCACCACUUUGGUGCUCUGCAGCUCUAAUGCUGCACAGGUAAAUCAGGUAAAUCCUUCCUCCCUCCCUCCCAGGGGUUUACAGCCGUAUGUUGGUGCUGGGUCAGAGCUAAACCUGUGAUUUGCAGAGCAGCCCAGGGGCAGGUUUGGUGUGCACAGCAGCCAGGGCCAUGCUGGUGCCCAGCUCCCAUGAUGGAUGAAUACAGGCUGUGUUACCACACCAUGAGUGCUUUUUGCCUCUGAGAGCAGCUUGGCGGUGCUCAGGGAGUUCUUUCAGACACAGUUCAUGCCCUGGCACGCAGGGAGAACAUCGGUGUCCUGGCGCAGUGUGCUGUGGCCCGGGGCAGGGUGGCUCAGCCUGCCUCCUCUUUCCUCUCUAAAAGCAGGCAGGGAAAUACCUCUGGAAGUUAUCCCUGCUGAAUCUGCUGUUGGAAAGAUCCCAGGCGGCCACUGGUCUCCCUAUAGUCCCUCCCCAUGAAAAAUGUGAAAUCUGCAUGAUUGUACUGGGUUUUCAGUAGGAGUUGUCCCCCUCUUAGAAAACAAAAUGGCGUGAUUGGGAAUAAGGGGCUGAAUCCUGGGAGAGCAGGAACGGAGGCUGCUGGGGUGGUUUGUGCUGGGCUGUCUGGGAGCUGAUUGCUGUGUGGGUUAAUUAAACAGCCACCCAGACUGCCAGUGGCUGGAUUGCAGAGCUGUGAAAUGCUUCAACAGAGAGCCACAAGGCAGGUGGGUCUCUGUACGUGGAGGCUUGCUGUUGAAAUUCCUUCUCGCUUAAUAAAAUCUGUGGUGGA